ACACCGAAGGAGGAGGAGGCGUAUUCCCCAUGGCAACGGCAUCGAGGCUCCUGCGGGCCGCCCGGCACGCAUCGCUCGCAUCUCGCGCCGCUGCGUCAGCGGCAUCGAGGCUGCUGCGGGCCGCCCGGAACGCAUCGCUCGCAUCUCGCCCCGCUGCGUCAGCCGCAUCUCGCGCCGCUGCGAUGGCCGCGUGCGGCACCGUCGCGGCAGCCGCAUCUCGCGCCGCUGCGAUGGCCUCUCGCUCAGAGCGUGCGGCCGCAGCCGUCGCCCAUUUAGCCUCGGACGUCCUCCAGAGCCGCCCAAUUCGCGGCGAUGCCUCAAGCAUGAAGCCCCAUGGCCGUGACGCUCCUCGCUUUUGCCUCGCCGAGUACCUAUCCAGCCCCAAUUACAAGCGCUUGCCAGAUGAUGUUAAGACCCCGACGGACAAGGACCUUGAGUCGGACGAAGCCCUAUGGGCCUUGUAUGAGCGCUGGUGCAAGGCUCAUAACAAGGAACGUGACCAUGCGGACAUGGCUCGCCGGUUCAAAAUAUUCAAGAUCAAUGCAGAUGAUGUGCACCAUUGGAACACUUAUCUUCCUCCAGAUCCAGUGGAAGCAGCCAUUCACCGUGAGAAAAGAGAAGAGGCAAAGUUACUUCGUUCAAAAGGCCAAGACGUCUCAUACUUUGAUGUGUGGCAUCUGCCAUCGGAAUUAGGUCCAUUCGCCGAUGGCGGAGACCCAUUUAUUACCGAAAGCAAUAUGCGCUUGUUGAAGGAAAUCGAAGAUGCUGAAGGUGUUAAAGCAGAGUAGUAGUUUGCUUAGGGAAAUCCCAGACCCUGAAUGAGAUGAACUCAUCUCACCAAAUCACUCCACUGUAAUAAGUUAUGCUUUGCUGUUCCAUGUGUACUAAGUUAUGCUUCCAUGUGUGCUAAGUUAUGCUUCAGUGUACUAGCUAAAUUAUGCCUCUGGAACAUCUUUUUCUCUAAGCGGUCAUGGUUUGCUUCCUCC